GGUUGUGCGGCGAGAGCAAGAACGAGGGGGAGAGACAGAUAAGGGAGAAACUGCAGAUUUGGUGGCCAGGCUUCCAAGUGCGCACAGAUCUCUCGUCGGCUGCACCGUCCGACCAGCUCUCCGCUCUGCAGGAUGAGUUCGUUCAGCACGAGGGCUCUGACGCUGCUCUCGUCGGUUUUCGGGGCCUGCGGUUUGCUGUUGGUGGGCGUCGCCGUGUCAACAGACUACUGGCUGCUGAUGGAGGAGGGAAUCGUCCUGCAGCAGAACCAGACCACCGAGGUCAAGAUGGCGCUGCACUCCGGCCUCUGGAGGGUCUGCUUCGUGGCCGGACCAGAGAAGGGCAGAUGCGUGGCGUCGGAGUAUUUCACCGAGCCAGAGAUAGAGAUCACGACAGAAAACACAGCCAACAUACUCAAAAUGGUCCGAACUGCCACUCCCUUCCCAAUGGUCUCCCUGCUCUUCGUCUUCACCGCCUUCAUCAUCAGCAACAUAGGACACAUCCGGCCGCAGCGCACCAUCCUCGCCUUCGUCUCCGGAAUAUUCUUCAUACUGUCAGGUCUCAGCCUGGUGGUUGGACUGGUCUUGUAUAUUUCCAGUAUUAAUGACGAGGUGAUGAACCGACCCAGAGAGGCCGAGCAGUUCUUCCACUACCGCUACGGCUGGUCUUUCGCCUUUGCUGCCUCCUCCUUCCUGCUGAAAGAGGGUGCAGGAGUGAUGUCCGUCUACCUCUUCAUGAAGCGUUAUGCUGAGGAGGAGCUGUACAGGCCUCAUCCCGCCCUCUACCGCCCCCGCAUGUCCGAAUGCAGCGACUACAGCGGCCAGUUCCUCCAUCCAGACUCCUGGCCUCCACCACAGCGGGGCCGCAGCGCCUCUGACGUCUCCUCCGACAUCUCCAUCCAGCUCAACCAGACUCCUCCUUCGCAGGCGCAACCGAAGGGGGGCAGCAGCUCCCAGGCAACACCCUCUUCAUCUGGGCCUUCCUCAGCGGCCAGCUACCAGCUCCAGCAGGCCUCCUCCUCCUCUACUUCCUCCUCGUACCCACACCCCCUCCACAUGGCUGCCACCUCCACCCUACCCCGAGCGUCCCAUACCCACGGCCACCCUCAGCCCCACGGCCACCCUCAGCCCCACCCCCACCCGAGCGGGCCCCCGCCCCAGUCCCUGCCCAUGGGGGUGCCACCCUCAGCCGUGCUACCUCCACGAUAUCACUCGCACAUGCGAAUGAGCGCCUCGCCAUGCUAGGCUACAUAGGCAUGGAAGGGGGAGGGAAAACACAACUGGGGGGAUUAGAUUGGCUCUGUUACGACUCUUACACACCACAAGACAACAACACACACACAUAAACACAAAUCCUGUUUCCUCGAAGUGUGUGGGAGGUGGGAUGCAGCCGAGUGGAUGAAGGAGGGAGGUUUAAGGAGAUCAAAAAGAGGAGAGGAGGAACGGAAAAGAGGGGAGUGGGGGAGGAGAAGCAGGUGGGCGGAGGGAUGACUCACUGCUGAUGCCGAAGACAGACACUUAACAAAACUUUUAACACGCUGGGAGGGAACAUGGGAGGGGAGGAUUGAGGGAUACGAUGAUUAGUAGCAACAAGACGUUUAUGGGGUUUCUGACGGGCACAUUCAUCAUCAAGGCCGUGAUACACAGGCAACAGGGUGAAGCAGCACAGGAAACAGGAAGCUGAAUCACAUCCAAACCCUGUCCAUUCACAAAAAGAAGAAAAAAGUGAGACAGUAUAUCUGGCUGUAAAUGUGUUAUCCUUUUCAUCAAACAAGGACUAAAUAUACCUGCUUACAUCAAACAUCAACGUGGUUGGGAAGGUAACUUCAUUACGUGUCGAUACUUUUGAUUACUUUCUAAAAAAAAGUUGAAACCAUGAGAGAAACCCAUACAAAACACAAAAAAUCAAUUAAAGUAGACUAGUAGUACUUUUGUUUAUGAGAAAGAGUACAGGUGGUGGAAUCAGCAAAAACCUGCAGCAAACUAGUGUACAGGUAGCAACCCUGCAACAGGUAUUGCCUUAGUGAGGGAUUGUUGUUGAGACCGUUUACAGUGAUAGGGGUUCAGUUGACCUUACCUAAGUUUGUAGAAGCAACCGAACACCAAAACUGUUUUCAGAAUGACAGCAGUGUACUGCUCCAAUGAUAACAGCCCGCCACGACCAGCAUGGUAUCCAACAAAUAAUGUUUAUUUUCAUCAUAUCACAAGUAGAGAUCUAACCAAAGUCCUUGAUGGGACUUUCACCCACGAGAUCACUGUUCGUGUCCCGUGAGAAACAAAACUUUAACUUAUUUUAACGUUAACUUAUUUAUGUUACAUACAUGGCCUCAGUUAUGAAACACACACACUUAUUCUAAGACAAACCAUAAUAUUUUAGUAAACCUAGUAGUGGUUUUGCCUACACAUAACCAAUUCAUUUUGUAUUUGAUUCACAGCAUUAAUCACUUGUUUAAAACUGUGAUUGUAAUCCUGGGAAAAUAUGUUUCCUUUUAAAUAUAUAUUAGAAUGCAGUGUUGUUGUAUGGAAACAUAGUUUUUAGGAGACAGGGUUGCCAUGUCAGUUCAAAUUUUGAUAUAUAGAAUAUGUCCAAAUGUAUAUAAUUACGUAUUUAUUUAAUUUUAGUAAUGCACGUAAUUCAUGUACCAAAAACGGUAUACAUGAAAUGCCUAUGCGCUGAAGACUUUUAUAGAGAAAGAUUUUAGCCCUACUCAAAAUGAUGUAGGAACAAGCUUAGUUAGCAACUUUAAUUGUAACGUACAAUUGUUGAAUUAAUUUGGUAAAUUAAGAACGUAACACCUUCUUUUACUUCCUGACCAUGUCCACCACAAAAUACAUUUGAAAAGAAACAUGCCACUAUGAUGAAGAAUGUCUGUAUUAUUAAUAAUCAGUAUUGCUUACAACUUUUGCCCGUGUACCAUGACCUACAAUUACAACUACUAUAUACACAAUCAGAGGUAAAUUGUAUAUGCUUAGAGGUCUACACUUCACUUGUAUAGGAACUCUUUCCUCUCGUGCUGAAACAUAACAAUUUCAAAAACAUAAUCCUGUGUGCCGAUCGUGGGGUGUAAAUAUCACAGCGUGUUUUAGGUGUUUUAGCGAUUGAAUUUUCUAAGCUGUUUGUAUCUCGAGAGGGAAGCUUUGGGGAUGAAUGUUCAACAUUUUGUGGGAUGAAAGAAAAGACUUCACUGAGAGACUCUUUAAAGUGCCCGUGCUUCUGUGGGAGCUUCAGGAGGUUUCUGCAAUGUUAGCAUCGACCAAUCAGGGACCGUCUGUUUCCACGGUGAUCACCCCUGGCACAAUCAAAAUGGCUGCCUUGGAGAUGCUGUUGCCAUGGAAGUGAGAAUUGAAUUUCUUAGGUAUGUAAAUAAUAUUAUAAGAAAGCCAGGUUCAGAUUGCACUCCAUUUGAAUCCAUUCAGCUCAGAUAAUAUGCUGAAAUCCGACUGACCUGUUGACUACACUGCUCAGCACGUGACUGAGUACAACACACGUGAUGGUAGAAUGUCAAGAGAACGUUGUAUUUUCAUGCACAUUUGUCAUGCAGACAUUAUCCCUGACCGUUUAUUUGUGUUUACUUGAAUGACGAUGUGCUUCCUGAACUGACAGAUUCGAAAUGGAAUUCCAACUCUUCCUGGUUUUACAUAAGAAGAUAUAAGAUUUAGGUAGUGAAUAGGUGGGAGUACGACGUGGCACUUUGAUGAACACGAGCUUACAUGGGAGGCCAACUGAAAACCUGAGUGCACUGUGACAGAUGGCUUUGCAUUCCAAUUUACCUCCUGGUUGAAUCUAUUAUUCAUGUCGGGUAGCUCAGCUACCAUUAACUGGAGUAGGAUUCUACAUCUUUUCACAAAUAUCUUUUGGGUCCAGACAAUUCCAGGGGUGACCGAUCCUUUGUCUGGUGAUGAGAGGAAAGAUUAAUAUGAAUGUAAGAAAUGUGAUUGGAAAUACCUGUGAGUGGUGCUGGUGCUGAGAAUAGUUUGGUCACUCUUCAGCGUCUGAAGUCUCACAUACAAGAUUCAUACAAGAAAACUGCUUAAAUGAAUGAAAACAACUCACCUCCAGGCCUGCUGUGUUCUGUUCAGGUCAUGGUAACAAGGGUUGGUAGAGUCCUGUUGGGUAUCUGGCAACAGUUACCACAAAAGGCCCGCCUCUCAAGUCAUCCGAUUGGACGAUGUGAAAACAAACGCUACUGACGUUGGGCCUUUUGCCACUCGAAGUUGAAGUUUCUUCAAUUUGAGGGUUUCAGAGUGGCUCCUGCAGAAACAAGAGGAGCACAGAGCAGGAAAGACCCCAGGCUUCUUAAAUGCACUCUGUCUGAUCAGGGUCUUACAGUGCAGGAGAAAGAUUUAGGCAGGAAGUUGCGGUUGUUAGAACGCAUACAAAAUGUUUGACUUUGACAUCAGAGACUGGAGUUUGUAUGACUGGACGCAUUCUUUCCCUAAACUAAACUGUAGAAUGGUACUGAACAGUUUUAACUCAUGGUCCACUCACUCGCUUGUUCUGGAGUUUUUGCCUGAAUCACAUGGCCCUGAUUGAGUUUAGGCUCCAUGGAAGUAGAGAUUCUGAGCAUCUACAGCACCUCUUAUUAUCAAAACAGUCAGGGGUGUCCACAUUCUUUUGCAUGUGUAUAAUAAUGAUAGGAUAAUAUUAUUUCAUAUCUACGCACAAAAAAAUGACAAAAUGACGAACAAGAUUUUCAGAUUGACUCCCAUUGAAGUUCUCAUGUUGCAGUGACUUAAAAACAAACUUAAAGAUUGCUUGUUUUUGUAGCAUAUUAACGAUGGUGCCCAUCAUAGGGCAUUGUUUGUAGCCAUGUUUAGACCUCCAGGGGAAAGUGUUAUGCUUACAACCCUUUGGUACUGUUGAGAGGACAACAGUGUAGCAAAUCAACUGCGGUGUUAGCAUCUUUUUAUGAAUAUUUGCUAUAUGUGGAAACUAAAUAGGAAAUCAUUUAGCAGCUAAGUAUGACAGCUCUUGCUUAGUUUUGAGAUGUUUAUUUUAAUUGCCAAAGCUGAGCAUUCAUGCUGUGUAGUGAGCACACACACACACACACACAACACACACACACACUCACACACACACAUACACACCACAGAUAUAUUUAUGUAGCUGACUUCUGAGGAGUUGUUUUCAGUUUUGUGAUGUAAAUAAAUCUGAAGCAACAGUAUUUCCGAGGACAUCACAGCAGAGACGUAGAGCUCUGAUGCAGUGAACUGCUUUUUGAAAUGUUAUCUUCCUUUAUCCAAUGCAGACAUUUCUUCAAACUGUGAUUAUGGUGUAAAUAUUACUGAACAUACUAAAGUUUACAUGGCCAUAUUUGAGUCCAAUGACAUUUGACUGACUCAGUACCUGUCCAAAACCGACCAUAAAAUUCAUGUAACUUUCCUUGUUUUUAUCAUUUCUGCGAACGUGCUAUUAGCAGGACUGUGAUUUUUAUCUGCCAGCAGUGUUUUGUUAAGUUUAAAACCAAUAAAGCUUGCCUGGUUCCAGC